AUACCGUGUAAUGCAGCGAUCGUUCGCUAGAGGUCGCUAAAGUUGAAACAAUAGUGCAAGAUGGCGGCGUUGACUGUAUAUGCUUCGUUGAAAGAAGAAUUCGAAGAAGCACAAAAUAGUUUGAAGAAUGUCGAUGAAAACAUAAAAAGACUUACAGGAAGAAAUCCCGGAGAGUUCAGAAUUGGUGUGAAAAGGAUAGCUGGUGGAAAUGUUGUAGGAGAUGCCAAAAAUAAUGUGUCUUCUGCUUUAUGGCAGAAUGCCAAUACCGAUAUUUCAAAACCCAAAAGAAGACUUCUUGGAAGUGCAUUUAGCAGAAAAAUUGAUAGAAAAACAAGUNAUGAUGAUGAUACAACAACAAAGCCAACUAUUCAGUCUUCAGUAGUGGCCACAACAAAAGAAAUUCGUACAAGGAAGGAAACAAUAGAAGAACAAAAAGGUGACAAGAAAAAUAUGGAAAGAAAUAGACGAAUGUUUGGAAUGAUUUUGGGAACAUUACAAAAGUUUCAGCAUGAAGAAAGUCAAAGAAAAGAACAGGCUCAAAAAAGAGCAGAAAUUGAACAAAAAUUAGAAACUGCAGCAGAGAAAGAAAAAGAAGAAUUAAGAAAAGAACGUCAAGAAUUAUUUUUGGCAAGACGUGAGAAACAAGCCCAAAUCAGAAGAUUAGAGCAAAAAAUUGAAAUAGCAAAAAUGCAUGAAGAAUGGGAAGCAAAGCAACGGUUGAUGAUGAAUUUCAUUUUUACUAAAGCUAAGCCACCUAUUAUGUUUUUGCCUGCAAAACAUACACCAGAAUCUGAGAAACGUCACAAAGACUCUCAGAAAAAAAUCGAAGCUGCCAUAAAGAGUCAGAGGGCUAAGAUUGAAGAGGAACUGAAAGAAAUUGAUGAACUUUAUAAGAAAGAAGCAUUAGAAGAUGAAGAAUUAGACCAAGCAGAAACUUGUGUUGAUAAAGAAAAUAGGGGCCCUGCAGAGAUUGUUAUUGAAGAAAAUCCAGAAGUAGAAAUGAAAGAAGAGGUAACUGUAAGCGAAGAAACCAAAACGACAGAACCAGCAGAGAGGAUUGAGGUCGAAGUUCAAAAUUCUGAAGAAAAAACUCCAGUCACCCCAGUCAUUCAAGAACAGUCAGAACAGUCAGCUGAAACAGAAAAUGGAGAAAAAGAAGUUGGUGAAGAGAAGAUUGGAUCUCUAGGUGAUCAGGAAUUUGAACCAAUAUAUGACUAGUACAAUUUCAGGUAAAGUAAAAUAUCAAAAAUCACACAAAAAGUCUGAAGGCAAGCAAUUCUUUCCAGCUGUUGUAGGUAUUUCUUAAUGUGCAAACUGUAUUUUCUAGUUAUGAAAGUAUAUUUCAAUCCAUUUUCUACUGGAAUAAGAUGAUAUUUUAUUAUAUCAAUGGAAAAUAAAAUGUAUAUUUAAUGUUAAAGAUUAUUCCUUUAUCACCAAUCAGUUACUUGUGACUGUUGUUUAAAAAAGCAAAUAUUUUAUCAUGCAUCAAAAUAAUGUAAAAUGCAAUUGCAGAUUAAAGAAGUCUCAGCUAAAGCAUACAAUGACAAAUCGAAGUGUUUAAAUCAUGUAACUAAAAAAGACAACGAAUCCCUGACACUGCAAAAUAUUAGUUUCAUUUCAACAUUUUAUUUUUUCUCAUACUUUUAGUGAAUUAAAAAUUUUUAGUUUAAAAAAAUUUUUGUUGCAUUAAAAUAUAUUUUGAUGCUAUUGUCAAAUUCUCCUGAAAUUUUCAGUUAUUACAAUGUAUAUUAAUUCAUUUGUAUGGUUCCUGGUCUGGAUAAAGAUAAUUACCACCAAAAUAAGUUUUGCAAGAACUGCUUGUCAAUCAGGAACUUGUUUUUUAAUAAUGGCAAUUUUAUAGAAUGUCUCUUUUUUGCAGCAUAAGCUGCAUGUACAGUGUAACUGUGUUGUAAUAUCAAUCCAAUAAACAAAAAAAAUAUUAAUU